CCUUCUGUGUCUGUGAGUCCUAUGUUUAGGUCCUCAUCCUGCUUGCCAUAUUCCUACCCUUGACAAAAGGGUUUCUGGACUCAAGAUUCUGAAGCCUUGAUAAUGUGAGAAGAAAGCAUGAGAAACUUCGUCGACAUGCUGAACAAAGCGCCCAGACUGAAAAGUACAAUUAAAACGAAGGCGAAGGGCAACAUAAACGUGAGGCCGGCGUCAGAGGCGAUGAUCGAACUACUGACACUGCUGUUCCUGAACAGCCUGGCUGAAGAGGCGAAGGCCAAAGCGUUUGAGGAGAAAUCUGCGACGAUCAGAGCUCAGCACGUCAGGGCAGUCUCCAAGAAAGUACUGAAAAAGGCGAGAGGAUGAUGAA